AUGUACGGUACCUACGUCCAAUAUUUAAUUUUAUAACCUCAAUCUCAACAUAUUUUAAUGCCGAUUUUUUUACAAUUUUUACUAAAAUUUCCUAUAUUGCAAGAGAAAAUAACCCUUAUAGUUAAAAUGUCGUCGGAGGAAAUUUUAGAAAAGUUCAAAUCAAUAGGUCUGAAUGAACAAAAAGCAAAGGAGACCUUAAGAAAUUCAAAUGUUACUAAAUUUCUGUUGGAUUCUAUAAAUGCAGUAGACAUCAACAAUAUACCAAACGGUGCUAGAUUACUAUUGUACCAUCUGGCCACUAAAAUCAAACCACAAAUAUCCAAUAAGAUUCCAUUUGUUGCCAAAUAUAUUGCUGAUGGCAAGCUUGAUUCGACAUUGAGAGUAGAUGCGGCUUUGGAAUAUCUUCUCAGCCAUGUUAGUGAGCAAAAUGUAGAUGCUGGUGAAUUUGAGAAGUCAUGUGGAGUGGGGGUUGUUGUGACCCCAGAGCAGGUGGAGCAGGCAGUAGAAAAACACAUGGCUAAAUAUAAACAGGAAUUGAUUGAAAAAAGAUAUCGCUUCAAUUCUGGUAUUAUAAUGCAAGCUGUGAGAGCAGAUUUAAAAUGGGCAGACGGAAAAGCUAUCAAAAAUGAAGUUGAUGUUCAGAUUUUGGAUUUACUAGGACCCAAAACUGAGGCAGAUCUUGCACCAGUUCCUAAGACAGACAAAAAGGCUAAAACUAAUGAUGGAGCUAAAAAACCUAAAAAAGAGGAGACACAAAAAAGUACAGAAAAUGAAGCGACAGAAGUCUCAGGGGAGCAUUCUCUGCCAGAAAUUCUGAAGAAAUUGCCUUUCCACGCACCUGGAGAGAAUUACAAAAGUGAUGGAUAUGUUGUUACUCCCAAUACGAAAAAGCUGUUAGAGGAACAUCUUAAAAUUACUUCAGGAAAAGUAAGAACAAGGUUUCCCCCUGAACCCAACGGCAUUCUCCACAUCGGACAUGCAAAAGCAAUAAACAUCAAUUUUGGUUAUGCUGCAGCUCAUGACGGCAUUUGCUUUUUGAGAUACGAUGACACUAAUCCUGAAAAGGAAGAAGAAAAGUUCUUUAUUGGUAUCAAAGAUAUGGUUGAAUGGCUCGGAUACAAACCUUACAAAAUUACUCAUUCAUCGGAUUACUUUGACCAGUUGUAUGAAUGGGCAGUCAAAUUAAUUAAAAAGGACUUGGCGUAUGUCUGCCAUCAGAAGUCAGAAGAAAUAAAAGGUUUUAAUCCUCCCCCCUCACCGUGGAGGAAUAGGCCUAUUGAAGAGAGUUUGCAAUUAUUUGAGGAUAUGAAAAAUGGAAAAAUUGAUGAAGGGGAAGCGACUCUUCGAAUGAAGAUAACUUUAGAGGAAGGUAAACAAGACCCUGUGGCGUACAGGAUAAAGUUCAAACCGCAUCACCGCACCGGCAACAAAUGGUGUAUAUACCCCACAUACGACUAUACCCACUGCCUCUGCGACAGUAUCGAGCAUAUCACUCACUCGUUGUGCACAAAGGAGUUCCAAUCGAGAAGAUCUUCGUACUACUGGUUGUGCAAUGCACUGGAUAUUUACUGUCCUGUACAGUGGGAAUAUGGGAGACUGAAUCUAAAUUACACUGUUGUGUCCAAGAGGAAGAUAGCUAAACUUAUUGAUGAAGGCAUUGUAAACGACUGGGAUGACCCGCGUCUGUUCACGUUGUCGGCGCUGCGUCGUCGCGGCGUGCCGGCAGCGGCGGUGAACGCGUUCUGCGGCGCGCUGGGCGUGACCGGCGCGCUCGCCACCGCCCACCCCGCCGCGCUCGACGCCGCCACACGCGACGUGCUCAACACCACCGCGCCCAGAACGAUGGUGGUUCUGGAGCCGCUAAAGGUGACCAUCACAAACUUCCCGAGCGCCGAACCCAUCACCGUCCAAGUACCGGACUUCCCUACUGAGCCCGAAAGGGGCUCCCAUACCGUAGUCCUCGACAGGGUUCUGUACAUCGAGGCGACUGACUUCGCCGAGACCCCCGAAAAGGGCUACCGAAGGCUGACCCCCAAUCAGACGGUUGGCUUGCGACAUGCUGGCUACGUCUUAAAGGUGAGCAACGUAGUGAAGGACGCGUCCGGCAAAGUGUCGGAGUUGCAGUGUACAGCGCAGUCCACCGACUCCGCGGAGAAACCGAAGGCCUUCAUACACUGGGUCUCCCGCCCCAUUGCCGUCGAAGUGCGCCUAUAUGAACCACUAUUUCAACACAAGAACCCCGAGGACCCGAGCGAGGUGCCGGGCGGGUUCCUGUCCGACUGCCGCGAGGGCACGCUGCGCGUCGUGCCUGCGUACGCGCACGCCAGCCUUGCGGGCGCGCGCGUAUACGACAAGUUCCAAUUUGAGAGGAUCGGAUUCUUCUCUGUGGAUCCCGAUACGACGCCACAACGGAUCGUAUUCAACAGGACCGUGUCACUCAAGGAGGAUUCGGGCAAAUAAUAUCACAAUAUAACGAAUAUGUAAUGUGAAUAUUGUAAGUAAACAAAUUGUAUUCUUUGUAAUUUUUUACACAAUUAAAAGUAACUUAUUUGUUUCA